CUCAGUUUUCUUCUUCCCUGCUCUUGUUUCUCCACUGAAAAUGAAAAUUUUCAUUUUUUGAUUAGUUUAUUUCAUAGUUAUCUUUUGAUGCUUUGUGACUGACAGUGAUAAAUUUUGACAUUGCUCUAUCAAUUUUGCUCAAAACCAAUUUAUUUUGAAUUUGGGCCUAUCGUUAGUUGUUCAUCUAUCUUUUAGGUGUUGUUUUGCCUCAGUAUAUCAUCAUGUAACCUGAAAAAACGAAGGAUUUUUGUAUUCUGUUUAUUUGUCUUCUUUAGCUAAGCCUUAGUAACCCAUAAAAAUUGUAUCAACGUGUUUCUUUUAUCAAAACUGAAUUUUCUUUGUAACUGGUAAACAUUUUUGUUUAAAAUUUCAGUUCAUUGGUGAUUAGGCUCCCGAUUAAACAAGAUUUGUGAGCAUAGACUCAGAAAAACCCCAAUAUACUGAUUUUCCUCAAUAAUCAACGUGCUUGUUGGUAAAAUUGAACAGUAUUAAAUCCGUAUUUAGGUUAGUUCUCAUGAACGCUGUAUUCACUUAAUACAAAAGUUGAAUAAAUUUCACAAAAUCCCUAAAAUGUUUCCUGAAUUUUUCCCUUCACAAUUCGUGCAGCGUAGAAAAUUGCAUACACUUAUACACAUGGAAUACAUUUGUUCAAUUAGAAUAUACAAAGUCAGGUUUUUUGUCAUCAUGGUGGGUUUAAUUUUGUUGAAAUAGUGAGUACCCAAUAUCUUGCCUUACCCUAUAUUUUGAUCAUUACUUUAAUGGAUUGAAUUUCUCUUCAGAAGUGUAUAUCUGGUGUCAAAUCUACCUCAAUUGAUGAUCAGUGCCCAAAAUUUAUCAUGAAUCACUAGUUUUCUCAUAAUGCAAUGAGGCUGAAGCGAUUUUGUAUCUGUAAUUUGUUGAUUAGUGGUCGUGCAGUGUGACUCAGGAAUGGGAAUCUGCAAUUAUUUAUUUCAUUUCGUUUCUUCCUUUUUUCUGUGUUCUUGAUAAACUAACAUUCUGUAUUAAAUAUGUAAAGAUAUACUAUCCUUUAGUAUGUUUACUGUUGCUUCCUUUUCAUCAAAUGACUGUUUAUUUGGAUAUUAGCAUAAUGUGGAAUUUUACUUUUAAGAGGAGUUGAUAGAAAGGAUUGUCUUCCUCUAUAGAAAGGAAAGGCUUGUUUCAAGAAUCUUACUCACUGAGAAAAGGGAGUUGACAGAUAUCCUUUUUAUUUUUUGGCAGUCAGUAUAUCGUGCUGAAAUUGGUCAAGGAAGUUGAAGCAGAGGAUGUCUUUCUAGCAGUAUCUAAGAGGCCUGUUGUAGCAAAGGAUAAUUUCUAUGGCGGGGCUUUGAUAUAUUAAAGAGUUUCUCUUUUUGUUGGAUUUAUCUUUCGAGAACAUACAUUAUACAUAAUUACAUAUCCAGCAUAAUUGGACUGCUUUUGGGGUUUGGUUUGAGCGUUAGGAAUUAUAUAACCGUUUAAAAAUUCAAGGAAGUCGAGAAAGAAUUAAAUAUUUCAUUGUUUGUGUAAGAAUCAGUCCAUGCCGAAGGUAUAAUUUGUGAAGGCAUCUGAAAUUGCCGCCACUUGCUUCGACGUGCUUUAGAAAAUAGCUAAGACGGGGGCGUUCUGUUGUGUGGCCGCAAGGCCACGUGCGUCAUCAAAUAAUUGCAGGCGAGAAAGGCCAAUGGAUCCCAAUGACUCCCAUCAGCAAACAAGUUUGAGUUUUUCGCCGCCUCGUACAAGGACAUGGGAUUGUAGGUUUCAUUCUGAUGCUUUACAACCAAGAUCUCAUGGUGCUCAACCGCAAGGCUCCUCAUUCUCCUCACAUAAUAAAGGAAGCAGAAGCAUAGAGAGCAGUGACCAACAUUACAAUCACCAUCAUUCGGUGUCUGAUGGUGCUGUGUCAUAUUUUGGUAGCCCAUCAUACACUUACCAAACCCAUAUGUGGACUCCACCUUUUCGAGGUGCCAAUCAUGGUGAAUCUUUUUCUCUGAUAAUGCUGCUCUAUUUUGGGGCAGUUGAGUGUUGUUGUGCGGAUGUUUGUCAACCUUACAAUUUGAGGCCUCACAUGGCCUUGCAUCCACCAUAUACCGAGGGUUCAGCCUCUUUAGGCAUACAAGCUUCAUUCAACAUUUCGAAUACCACAUCGCCACAAUCUGAUGCGGGGCCUUUUGAACCUUCUCUCAAACGACAAAACUUCUCUACUCGGCGUUCUUUCAGGUCAAAACCCGUGUACCCGCUCGUGUUUCAAAACCAAAUUUCAGAUGGUGAAGAGGCUCUUGAAUCAUCAAACCCAAGCAAUAGUAGCAGGUUGACACCAAACGAGAAUGGAGCCUCAACUUACUGGGCUGAUGCCACCCCAAGCCCCGAUUUUAAUUUUCAAACUACUUCUAAUGAACUUCAUAAGAUGCAGGCUUCACCAGACCCUAGCCCUAGUUCUCAAAGAGAUGGGUUCAGGUGGAGUAGCCCAAGUAGUUUUGAAUUCAGUUUCGAGAGAGACAGAAUGCAUAUGACUCCAAGCCCUGAUUUGAGGUUCCAUACAGCCUCCACCGAGCUUCCGAAGAUGCAAGCUUCACCAGGCCCAAGCACAUCUAGCUCUCAAAGAGAAGGUUUCAGGUGGUAUAGCCCCAAUAGUUUUGAGUUGGGUUUAGAGAGAGAGAGCAUGGAUUUCAUUGAUCGCUCAAUUUUAGAGAACACAACAUCUGCCCCAACUGAGGACCACAAGUGUGGCUUGUGUGAUAGGCUUUUGAGACAAAAAUCUGCAUGGAAUUUUAAUCCUAACCUUAGGAGCCCUGAAAUUCCAGUCACUGGGGUCCUCUCCUGUGGCCAUGUUUUCCAUGCUGAUUGCUUAGAGAAGACCACCCCCAAGUCGGAAGAAGACCAAGACCCGCCUUGCCCUUUGUGCAUGAAGACUCUGGAUGGUUCUGAAGGUUGCUCCUCAAUUUUGGAAGAAAGACACGUGAGAUCCAAGCUUAUGAUCAGAGAUAUAGAGAGCUCUGAUAAGGGUUCAGGUCAUUUCGAAGGGGGUUGGAGGAGGAAUAGGUCCCUGCAUAAUCCAGGACAGAGUAGCGGAAGUAAGUCAAUUAUCAAGAACCGGUUUAAAAGGCAUUUCUCUUUUAAGGGUAAAUCAUCCAAGUAAAGAUUGGCAGAAAUGGUUUGUGUUCAUUGCAAUUUGCUAACUAGCUAAUGGGCUGCUGAUUGAUAAAUAGGUACUCCUUAACAAUAUAUUUUUAUGAGAUAGUAUACUAUGAUCCAAUGGAUUAUGGAAAAUCAUAGUCGACUGAGGGUCAUUAUUGGGAGUAAGAGAAGGAGAGUGGGACCCACCACUGGGGUCAUGCCCUAUUCUAGCAGAUCUUAGUGUUGCCAUUACCACCCAUUAUUUCAUUGGAUGGUCACUAUGGUUGUCCAUUAUCCAUAGAUUAUAAGAUGUAUGAGUUUUUUUUUGUGAUUUAUAUUCACCAUUUACUAUGGCUCAUGUAUACUCGCCAUUAACUAAUUAUGGCAGCAAGAUACGGGGAUCCCCGUAUUAGAAGAUUUUGUAUUGUUAUUUUGAGUUUUUAUUGUGUUGAGUCUUAAGAUAUGGCAGCUUGUGCGUUGGAAAUUA